AUGGCGACAGUGCAGCCUCUCAAGUUCCUCACCGUCAAUCCUCGGACGAAACACACAGCCACCGUGAUAUUCAUCCAUGGCUUGGGCGAUUCAGGGCAUGGGUGGAAACCUGUUGCAGAUCUCUUUCGCACAGACUCCAUGCUUGGCCACAUUAAAUGGGUCCUCCCUCAUGCGCCCACGAUGAAAGUCACAGCCAACAUGGGAAUGGAAAUGCCCUCAUGGUUUGACGUCCUGAACUUCGAGUGGAGGGCACAGGAGGACGAGGCCGGGAUGCUGCGCUCCGUGGCCUCCAUCAACCAACUCAUAUCGGCUGAAGUCGACGCAGGGAUUACGGCCAACCGCAUCGUGCUCGGCGGGUUCAGUCAGGGAGGAGCUAUGAGCAUCCUCACUGCACUCACUUCGGAGCGGACUCUCGGCGCCAUCGCGGUGCUGAGCGGAUGGUUGCCGUUGACACGAAAGAUCAAAGCCAUGGCAACCCCGAACAAUAUCAACACUCCAAUCUUCUGGGGCCACGGCGAGGAUGACCCGCUGGUCGAGUUUGACAUGGGGACGCGUUCAGUAGAGUUCCUCAAAACUGAGUUGAAGAUCAAGACCGCGGAGCCAGACGAGCCGCAGAAGGGCGGAAUCACCUUUCGCUCGUAUGAAGAUCUCCCACACUCGACGAGCAACGAAGAGCUGCACGAUCUGAAGGAGUGGCUCAAGAAGGUGAUGCCGGAUGCAUGA